UGCCCUCUUCAACUACUUCCACGGAGCCAGCAGACAUUACACUCACGCCAAAUGCACCAAGGGGAAAAUAGUAUCUACGCAUUUUGCCAAACUCCAGACUUUUAAGCACCACAGACUUUUCAUUUAUAAAAUAAUUUUCUAUCAUUAGUAAUCUGUUCAAAGGUAAUUUUAAGAAGACCAUCACUCAUUUAUCCCCUCUUCCUCUCUCUUGCAUGAGAAUUACCAUUUUUUUUCCACCUGGGAUUGGAAUUUCUCUGCAUAUUUUUUUCUUUUUUGUGCAUUUUUUUGGUUCCCAUAACAUUCCCUUCUCCUGUUUCAUUUUGGACUUGGUGAGAGUAACAGCAGCUGCAGCUCAGAGUUCCAUUGUUGUAGCGGUGGUGGUGCUGACCCAGUAGCUGCAGGAUGGCUACUUUGCCCGGAACAGUGCCUCGGAUGGUGCGCCCCACGCCGGGCCAGAACUACCCACGAACCGGCUUCCCUCUGGAAGUGUCCACCCCUCUGGGCCAGGGCCGUGUCAACCAGCUGGGCGGCGUGUUCAUCAACGGGAGGCCCCUGCCCAACCACAUCCGACACAAGAUAGUGGAGAUGGCCCACCACGGCAUCCGGCCCUGCGUCAUCUCGCGGCAACUGCGGGUUUCUCACGGCUGCGUGUCUAAGAUCCUGUGCCGAUACCAGGAGACUGGCUCCAUCCGUCCCGGUGCCAUCGGAGGCAGCAAGCCCAGGCAGGUGGCCACUCCUGACGUGGAGAAGAGGAUCGAGGAGUACAAGAGAGAGAACCCGGGUAUGUUCAGCUGGGAGAUCCGGGAUAAGCUGCUGAAGGACGGGGUGUGCGACAGAAGCACGGUUCCUUCAGGUGAGGCUUCAUCUGUGAGCUCCAUCAGCCGCGUUUUGAGGGCCCGAUUUGGCAAAAAAGAUGACGAGGAUGACUGUGAUAAGAAGGAUGAAGACGGAGAAAAGAAAACAAAGCAUAGCAUCGAUGGCAUCCUCGGUGAUAAAUGUAGCCGCACAGAUGACGGUUCCGACGUGGAUUCGGAGCCCGACUUGCCGCUGAAGAGGAAGCAGAGGCGCAGUCGCACUACCUUCACCGCCGAGCAGCUGGAGGAGCUGGAGAAGGCUUUCGAGAGAACACAUUACCCGGAUAUCUACACCCGGGAGGAGUUGGCUCAGAGGACCAAGCUGACGGAGGCCAGAGUGCAGGUGUGGUUCAGCAACAGAAGGGCCAGGUGGCGUAAACAGGCCGGAGCCAAUCAGCUGGCCGCCUUCAACCACCUGCUUCCUGGGGGGUUCCCACCCACAGGGAUGCCCACUUUACCCACAUACCAGCUCCCGGAGUCCAGCUACCCUAGCACCACACUAUCACAAGAGGGCAGCAGUACCUUGCACAGACCUCAGCCCCUGCCCCCGUCCUCCAUGCACCAGGGGGGUCUGAGCGCCGACAGCAGCUCGGCGUACGGCCUAUCGUCCAACCGCCACAGCUUCUCCAGCUACUCCGACUCCUUCAUGAGCCCCUCGGCGUCCAGCAACCACAUGAACGCGGUCGGCAACGGGCUGUCGCCACAGGUGAUGAGUAUCCUGAGCAACCCCAGCGCCGUGCCCUCCCAGCCGCAGCACGACUUCUCCAUCUCUCCGCUGCACGGCAGCCUGGAGAGCUCCAACCCCAUCUCGGCCAGCUGCAGCCAGCGCUCGGACCCCAUCAAGAGCGUGGAUAGCCUGGCCUCCUCGCAGUCCUACUGCCCCCCUACCUACAGCGCCACCAGCUACAGUGUGGACCCCGUCACUGCUGGAUACCAGUACAGCCAGUAUGGACAGACUGCUGUGGACUACCUGGCCAAGAACGUAAGCUUGUCCACCCAGAGGCGGAUGAAGCUCGGAGACCACUCGGCCGUGCUGGGACUGCUGCAGGUGGAGACGGGGCAGGCUUACUGAACCCUCCUCCCAACAUUCACAAACACCUCCAAGUUCCAUCAAGUGUGGACCCUCCAAAACUCCAGCGGAGGAAGUGAGACGUGCUACGGGCUACACUUUAAAGGGGACCACAUAUUGGACCAACGCCCCAGAGCCAUUGGCAACAUGUACUCAUGUGACCUUGAUGUUGAUAGUAGUUAACAAAUAUCAUCAUUUCUUCUUUUUUGAUAUGAUUGUUAAUAAUGAUAAUAUUCUUGUGCUUAUUAUUGCUAACGUUGUUUGAUUCCACUGGUGUGUUCGUGAGGAGGAGCACAAUGAUUGUUUUCCAAGCUGCUCUUCUCUCCCCCCCCCACCCGCAAUUCCCACCCCCUCACUUUUAGUGAGCGAUUUGACCUUCCCGCUUUCAUAUCCAUCUUGACAUUCCAAAAGAACUUGGCCACUCUGUGGGAAGUCUGGCUGGAGGGAUCCUGCAGGGAAUUUUAAGCAGUGUUUUGGCCGCCAACAGCCCCCCCCCGCGCCUCUAACCUCCACCCCAUCCUUAGCCGCGGUCCACAGGGAGGGGGGGCUUUGUUGUAAAAACCGGAUUGGAGAAAUUAAUGUAUUUUGUUUAGAAAUAUGGAGGUCUAACUACAUUACACCCCCCUCUAAUUGCCCUCUGCUAGUGUGGAAAGCAGAUUAAAUCACAUACAUUCACAGUGAACCCCUCCUCUUAUGAUUCGUAUUUUCUCUUUACAGAGCACAUCUUGUACAAACCUUCACUUCAAGCAUUCCUGACAAACAUUCCAACGUAUGCAGCAUUCCAACUCUUCUUCCUUGGAAUAAAUACACAAGCUGAGCCACUAACUUGAUUUUACUGCCGUCACUUGGUUACAAGACACAUGCAGACGAAAAAGUUGGAAAAAAGUUACGACAAAAACAGCUCAUGUUCAUGAAAAUUGUGACUGACAAAGCAAUUCUACAAAAAUGUCACGAAUGUACAAGAAUAAAAGCAGAAUAUUAUUUUUACGAGACGAAAUGGAGUCCUACGUUUUCAAAUAAAAAGUAGUAAUAUUACGAGAAUGAAGUUACGAGAGAGAAAAGACAUCAAUUUACAGCAAUGACGUCUCAAUAUUAGAAGAUUGCACAAGAACAAAGUUGUCAUAUUAGGAGACAAAAGUAUUUCACAUGAAGGAAGUCGUAAAUGAAGGUAUUUAACGUAGUCAUAUUACAAGAAGAGGUUUUACAGUAAUAAUGACGGAAUUUUUAAUAUUUUGAGGAAAAAAGAUAAUUUCAUACAAAAGAUGUAUAAAAUGAAAUUGGAAUAUUAUGAGUAGGGUUGGGCAUCGUUUGAAUUUGAACGAUUCUGGUUCCUCGUUUCGAUCCGGUUCCUAACAAUUGUCCAUUCCAAUGCUUUUGUGAUACAGAGCCAUAAAAGUUUGCUUGUUUUAAAUCAGGGAGCUAACCAGAGUUCUUUUUGGAUGAAAUGUCUGAACUUCCAGAUGAAUUCUUUUAUGAUAUGAAGUUUUUAUCAACUUUACUAUGAAUUUCUUACAGCGCUAUUUUCAACCAGUAUAUAAAUAUCAAAUCAUUCAAACUGAAUAUAAAUGUUAUGAAGUUUCUUUUUACACUUUCACAAAAGACGUUUACUUUUGACAUAAAAGACCAUAAAAGACUUUACUUUUGAGUAGUAUACUUUGUUUUCUCCCUCAAUUUUGCUGUAAGCUAUUUUUUAUGACGCCCUUAUUUUGUUACCACAAGUAAACAGGGUGUAGCCCAAAAUGCUCUUAUUUUGAAGGCCGGAAGUGUGUUGUGUGGGUUGAGAAGGUCCCUUGACUGUCGCUAAUGGAGACGGUGCAAAUGAAUGAACUUGACUAGCCGUAGCAGUAGCUCCCGUCCAUUAUUUAUACUUAACUUCCACAACAUCAGCGGGCAUCCUGAAAAAGAAAUGACUUAUUGACAAUCAGAACUGCCAACACUAACUACAGACUGACUAGCACUGCUGUUGUUGGCAUCCUGUCAUGUAUGUGUGUUUGGGUUUUGGUAUGAUGUUGUUGAUUGUUGGCUCAUUGUGUUCCCGUUAUUAGAUUUUAUAUAUAAUUUUAGUAAAUGGGAUUAGGACGAGGGACCACAGAUGAAAAACAGCCUUUUGGCUAAUUCCGGCAUAUUGACUAGUAUGCACCAGCCCCGUAAAUAAAUACAGUAAAUAAAUAUAAACAUUUGAACAAUUCCGUGAGAAUCACGGUUCCAAUUGAUGCUCAAGACUCGAUGCCCAACACUACUUAUGGGAAAGACAUAGCGAUUUUCCCAAUAAAAACAUGAUAUGAAAAAGCAAGAAAAAUCAUUUACAAGAAUGAAGGUGUCACAUUCAGAGAGGAAAGACCUGAUUUUGCAAGAAUAAAGUUGUCUUUUUGCAAAAAUCGUAUAUUAACGUUACAAUAGAAGCAUUCCCAAAAAAACGUACACAACCUGAGCCACUGUCAUUAUCGUAAUGCACAAAAAGACACGAACGUGCUCCAUUGAUAUCGUCUUCAUCAGUGAAAUGUACAAAAAGAAUGGUGGAUAUGAUCCAUGCAGCACUUCAAGUUGACCUCCGACAUGAUCCAGGACCACCUGCCCCCCAUGUCCUUUUCUUUCUUUUUCUUUAAAAAGUGUACAGUCGUCGUUUGUUUAUAAGGAAUAUGUUUUAUACUAAAACAAAACUGUCUGGCAACUUUCUGUUGGUUUUGUUUGACUUGUAUUUAAUUGCGUUGGAAGCCUGUGAAGGGAUGGAGAAUGUGUCAGUGUUUGGACUUAAUUCCCUGCGAAUGGAAACUGGCGUAAAAGAGGACCAAAAGUGCUGCCUAUGGACCACAGGACCACUGUAGUGUACAUUCUAUACCAAGGCGGCUGGAUCUUCUUGCUUCAGGAUGUGUUUCACCGCCUUGACCUCUCGGACUGAUCAAUGCAGGACAGACAGGACUGCAUCUUCCCAGGACACACCCCUCCAACUGAGUCGUUGACGAGAACCUAACUCCACGCACUGAACUGCAGUUUCUCCUGUGAACUUGUGUACAGGUAUAUUUAAAAAAAAGAAGAAGAAAUUAGAAUUGUCUUUAGUGUACCAAUGCCGUUUCUAACACUUCAAUAAACAUUUGGAUAUUUAAAGCAUCUUAUUCCCCGUCGCCCUCUUCCCGACCCUUAAUCUGUUUAGUUGCUUUCUGACAUCCUCGUUCUCUUCUGUUGGCAUGUGUGUAUAUGAUCAUACGUAUAAUUUAUUCUGCUGUAUCAAUAUUAGACUAGCGGCAAAACUUGUAUUGCUAUUUACUACCUUCAGCCUGUGGGUGUGUUUACUGUAACACUGGCGUAAAUGUUAUCAAAUAAAGAUCACAAAUGCAAUACUA